AUGUCUGAUACUCUUACCACGCACAAGGGCCACUGCCACUGCAACACAGUUACUUGGGAGAUCCGGGCGCCGGCGGACCUGCGCGUGGACGAGUGCGAUUGCUCCAUGUGCAAUAUGCACGGCUUCCAGCACAUAAUCGUGCCGCGAUCGCGGUUCACGCUGCUGACGGGCAAGGACAACCUGACCACGUACUCGUUCAACACGCACGUAGCGCAGCACUACUUCUGCAAGACGUGCGGGAUCGAGUCAUUCUAUGUGCCGCGCAGCAAUCCCGACGGCUACUCAGUGAACUUCCGCUGCCUGGAGCGCGACAACAACUGGGAAAAGAACGCUGCGGCACUGGCUGACCUGUCGAAGGACUAG